CAGGAUGUCAAACGCCUCACUCCAUUCUCUUCAAAAACACUAUAACCGCCAACACCACAGGUAAUCAUACGAUUCUUCGAGAAAAAUGUCGAAUAUACGUCUCACAAGUAAGGACAUCGGGUAUGUUCCAGGACAACUUCCACCAGGACCGAAAAACUCUAUUCUCGAUGUUCCAGGUUAGUUACCGAGAAUGUUAUACCCCUUCCUUUACUGUGCUGUUGGGAAAUUCAACACUGCAUGCUAAUAUUCUUCAGGAGUUCAUGUCGGUCAAAAUACAGUCGGAAAUGACGUCCGUAAAGGUGUUACUGUCAUUUUUCCGCGCCAUCCUGAUGAUAUCAAUAUCCCCUGUUAUGCGGGGUUGCAUACCCUAAAUGGAAAUGGGGAACUGACCGGUAGCUAUCAGCUUAAAGACUGGGGUUAUUCAAAUACUGUUCGUAAUCAUAUUUUUCCACUAUUCAAUUUCAAUUCUCCACUUUUGACUUUUUGUAGAAACAAUGGGGCACAGAAGUCGUAUUAACAAAAAUAUACACAGCCAAUCGCCAUAACAAAUUCUCUCUCCCUGGGAACAGUCUUCCAAGCACUAUGGCAACGAGUGCUUGACGUUGCCUCAAACAAAGAAAACCGUAUCAAAGAAAUAUCCCAUAACUACGGUACCCCUAUCGUAGGGGAAACAGCCGAUUUUAUCCUUAACGACGUGUAUCGCUCCCCGCUGACUCUGGAAGACGUAAAACCUGCUUUCGAGAACGCAUUAACGCAACAGGAGGUCCAGGAAGGCCAAUGUGGAGGUGGAGCUGGUAUGACAUGUCACAUGUUUCCUGGAGGGACUGGAACGAGUUCGAGAGUCUUUGGACAAAUUCCUUGGGAAAGUAAAGAAGGAGGGGAGAAGUGGACGGUUGGAGUUUUGGUUCAAAGUAAUUAUGGACAUUUGAGGGAUUUCAUGGUUGGAGGCGUGCCAAUUGGAAGGCUGUUAUUGAAGGAGAGAAAAGACUUGGAGGAAAAAGAGAGGGAAAGUGAGAAAGGGGGAAAGAUUGGAGAAGGCAGUAUUGUUAUUGUUUUGAUGUAAGUUUUGUCCUUAUCUCGCAACCUCAGCACCACUUAUUUGCUUUUAAACUAAUAAUCACAAUAGAACUGAUGCCCCUCUUCUCCCCCAUCAACUCAACCGCGUAGCCCGUCAUUGCGCAGUAGGACUCUCUCAAGUUGGCGGCCAUGGAGUAGGACGCAAUCACUCCGGUGAUAUAAUACUCGCUCUUUCCACAGGCAACAAAACCAACGAGCUAGUCGACGAACCUCAAGUGAAUGGACUUUCCAAAAUCGAAGUUAACGAUAUUAAAAUCAUCAAAAAUGAAAGUAUCGAAACGCUCUUCCGAGCCGCAAGUGAAGCUACCGAGGAAGCAAUUCUCAAUUCCAUUAUUGCAGGAAGAGAUGGUAGAACGGGGUUUCAGGGAUACAGAUUAGACGGAUUACCGGUGGAUAGAGUGAGGGAGUUAGUGAAGAAGUAUAGGGUGGAUAUUCCUGACGAGAGUUGUCUCUCUUCAGGGGAAUAUCUUGCGCUGCAGAAUAAGGGUGUGCAGUGAGAUCAAAGAGUAAACGGCUAGUAUGGGUACCGGCGUAUUGUGUGAUAUAUGACAAAAGUUAAGUACAGAACCUAUCGAUAUCAUCAAACAAUCCUUGAAAUGCACAUUACCUAAUUUCCAGCCUUUUGUCACUAGGCCUGGGUAAAGGGUGAGGUAACCCGCGGUUAUUAGGGGUAUCUUCCUCUGGUUAAACGCCCUACUCGACAUCCAUCGAGUAGGGUAACUACCCUACGAUAUAUUAUCGGGUACGGGUUGAAACUGCCCGGCUAGGCACGUGAACACACGUGAAUAUGGUACACCUGCCAUCUAUGUAAUAGAAAUUAUCAUGUGAUCAUAUGGUCAUAUAUAAGAUGCUUGAUA